AUGUCGCUGUCUAGACUACGAACAAGGUUUUUCCGACCCCAAACCGCUAUUACUGUGGCUAAUGCAGAGUCGACAAGCGGCUCUGCAGACGCCUUAUCGUCCGGCCUGGCCCUCGAGCCGCCGUAUGAAGAGCACCACAGCCCGGCUAUCGAGACAGCACCAAGAGAGAACGGUUACUCUGUUUGCAGCACAUUGUCAUUUCCUAUCGAUCGACUUGCACCGGAACUUCUCGCUAAAGUAUCCUACUGGUUUAUCCUCGAUUUAUGCGCCUCCUCUCUUGAAGACUACGGAUUCUGCACGACACUGUACCCUUGGCUCACCAUUCGCCACGUAUGUCGUGCCUGGCGCGACGUCGCCCUGACAUUCCCCAAGCUUUCCACACACAUCUGGUUGACCCAACUCGAGUGUGUCGCAGACAUGAUCGCUAUAUCAGGCACUUUACCGCUGCACAUAUAUAUCGCGCCCUCCAUCCGAAUCGAUGCCGCAAUGGAAGCAGAGAUGUUCCAGGUCGUGCUCUCCCACAUUGAACGCGUUGCUCACGCAGUUCUCGUACUCACAGAGGGGUCAUUCCCUGCUGGCAAUUCCGACACGCAACCCAAGGAGCGCACGAUCCGAGCGCUGCGGCUGCAGUCUCUGGACCUGCACAUGUUUCAGAGCUGGGUGCCGUCCUGGCCGCUCUUCUCCGCCAUCGACUUCCCUGCGCUGCGCGAGCUGACGUGCACGCAUGCGAGUAUCGGCACAUUGCGUUCCCUCAUCGCUCCAAGGCUGUGCUACCUGCAUCUCGUUCAGUGCGGGCUGCUAGUGGCAGGAGAACUACUACCUUCGCUAAGACAGCUAGGUGAACUCGAGGAGCUCAAGCUGGAUAGGGCGCUGCGGUGCUCUGACGAGUCCCACCCAGCGCUUGACAUCCUCAUGCUGCAUCCUAACUCCCAUAACUCGGUCACCCUUUCUCACCUCAGAAAAAUUUCUAUCAAAGACGCGUGCGCUGAUGAGGUCUUCCUCCUCCUUCAUCGACUCUCCUUCCCGCUGUCAGCUUCUGUGGCUUUGCAAGCCUCGGGGCUUGUUCGGUCUCCCAUCUCUUGCGAUAGCUAUGUAGCCAUCAUGCUCGCUAAAAUGGAAGGCUUAGACUUCAAGACGCUCUCGCUAUCCACGACGAUUGAGCUUGGAGUGACGUUUCACUUGUGGGACGAUCGUCUGGCUGCUGACUCGGACGGCGAGCCCUCACAAUUAUCCUCGGGCGAAGGCGCUCGCUUCAGCUGCUCGCUGCGAACUCCUCGCAGGUCAUUCAUGACACCUCUGGUCCAGGAGCUUCCGCUCGCACAAAUCGAAUGUGCGUUCCUUUCGGAGCAGGCGGUGGGCUUGGAUGACGCAGUGCCCUGGGCGGCCAUCUUGUCGCUAUGCCAUCAGUGGAGGAUCUCGCAGUGCGGUAUGAAACUUUUGAUUACCUCACAAGCAACGCUCGUCUGUACCGUAUCCAACCUUCAGACACCCGCCUGCUGUGCCCUUCUUUGAGGACGCUCCGGGUACGCGAGUUGCACCACCGGAGCUCGAUGCGGUGGGGUUUCUCGUCCAAACACGUUCACCUCGGCUGCGUCGCACGGGGACUGGUGACGCGGAAGGACAGCCUUCAUUCAGGAAAGAUGGACGUCAUUGUGGAGAUAGAGGAUUUUCAUAAGACAUACUGCUGCCAUUGUGGAGGUGAACACGGCUGUGACCAACCAUCUGACGACGAAAGUAGUUUCACCGUGUCUGUGCCACCUAGGGACCGUCAGAAAGUGCGGGUCUUCAAUUAUGCUUCCCGUGUGGCCCGUUUAUUU